AUGAUGAAGGCGGCGUUACCCGACAUACCAACCCACAAAUUCAUUUUUCAUCCUAUUGAUAACUUUCUUAAAGGGAACUACAAGCAUGACAUGUUAUAUGAUGUUAUAGGGGUGUUGCAAGAUGUUGUUAAGAUACAAAUGGGUGGUGGUGGUUGGAAAUCUUGCAUCACUAUUCCAUGUUUCCUGUUACACUGUCCUUCUUACAAACCUUUGCCUUGUAUUGUAGUUUAUGGUCUUCCGUCUCUUUCGAAUGCAUGGAACGGCUCUAGACUUCUCAUUAACUUGGACCAUCCACAAGUGGCAGAAUUCAAAGCUAGUUUUGGAACUACUGCUUUAUCCGGUAUACCUGCCCUUUCCCAAUCAUUAACAUGCGAUUCUUCCAUUCAAUCUGCAAACAAUUUCUGGACUAACUUGAGUGAGGUCAGGAGUAUCCAUGCAAUCGCUGCACUAGCAAAGGAUUCUUUCGCAAUGACUAUUGGCACUACCGUCGGUUUCAAAGCUUCCAAGAACGGAUGGUAUUUUGAGUCUUAUGCUGGGUCAUCUGGAAAUACAGAUCCUGAACCUGUUACCAAGUUCAAAGUUGAGGUUGAAGUUGUCUAUGGUGACCACAAUGGAACAUUUGUUUUUUGGGAUAAGGAUUGUAUUCCUUUUACAAAAAUGACUGCUAGGGAAUUAAGAGAGGUUAUGAAAGAGGCUGGAGAAGACAAUCCUAAAAUUUGGCCUGCUGAUCUAGAUGUUUUGUUGAAUAAAGAAUUUGUGUUUCGUGUCAAGUAUCAACAACAGUACCGACAAUUCUCUAUCGUUAAAAUACUUAACGAGGAGGGCCUUUACGCCAAGUUUGACAAAUACCUCAGCCCAGAUGAGACCAUGCCACUUCAGACCGUUCUUGAAACGUCCACCGCUGCUCCGAUACUUAUUCCAAACCAACUCACACAAACUUCGGAGCAAUCAAUCUGUGCUGAGCCAUACUCGGCUGCUAACCCGACUUGGAGCCCAGAAGCAAGCUCCAACAGUACUCCAGCCAAGAGGGGAUCAGAGUCAACCUCGGUUAAUGAUAUCAUCCAGGCUGAAGAGAUCACUCCCAAACAAUCCGCCACUAAGGCCAAGACCGGAAAGAAGCUUAAGCAUUUGAAGAAAGAAUAA